GGCGCACUUCCGUCCUCGUGGGCUGCCAGCGCGCUAGGCGGCCGCCCGUCCUGCUCCCUCCGCGCUCCCGCCGGCGGCGGCCUCUCUUCCCCGGCAGGGCCCCCCCGGCAGGGCCUCCCCGCCGCCAUGCUGGUCCUCUUCGAGACCGCGGCCGGCUACGCCAUCUUCAAGGUUCUGAAUGAAAAGAAGCUCCAUGAAGUCGAUAGUUUAUGGAAAGAGUUUGAAACACCGGAAAAGGCAAAUAAAGUAGUGAAAUUGAAACACUUUGAGAAGUUCCAGGACACAACAGAAGCUCUUGCAGCAUCCACAGCUCUUGUAGAAGGCAAGAUGAGCAAGAAUUUGAAGAAGAUUUUAAAGAAGAUUGUAGCUAAAGAUGCCCAUGAACAGUUAGCUGUAGCAGAUGCCAAACUGGGAGGGGUCAUAAAGGACAAGUUGAACUUAAGUUGCAUCCACAGUCCGAUGGUUACUGAAUUGAUGAGAGGUAUUCGUUCUCAAGUGGAAGGGCUGAUCACUGGCCUUCCGUCACGGGAAAUGGCAGCCAUGUGUUUGGGGCUGGCACACAGUCUCUCCCGGUACAAACUGAAGUUCAGCCCUGACAAAGUCGAUACGAUGAUCGUCCAGGCAAUCGCCCUCCUCGAUGACCUGGACAAAGAGCUAAACAACUACAUCAUGCGCUGUAGAGAAUGGUACGGCUGGCAUUUUCCUGAACUGGGCAAAAUUAUCACCGAUAACUUGACGUACUGUAAAUGCGUAAAGAAAAUUGGAGACAGAAAAAACUUCGCCACUUCUGAUCUGUCAGAGGUCCUGCCCGAAGGCGUUGAAGAGGAGGUGAAAGCUGCCGCAGAAAUCUCCAUGGGGACUGAAGUGUCAGAAGAAGAUAUACAGAACAUACAGCAUCUCUGCGACGAGGUGAUUGAGAUCUCGGACUAUCGAGCGCAGCUGUAUGAUUACCUCAAAAACAGGAUGAUGGCCAUCGCGCCUAACCUUACGGUCAUGGUGGGAGAACUAGUCGGAGCGAGGCUUAUCGCGCAUGCAGGUUCUCUCUUGAAUCUGGCAAAGCACCCGGCUUCGACGGUUCAGAUUUUGGGGGCUGAAAAGGCCCUCUUCAGAGCGCUGAAGACGAAACACGAUACCCCCAAGUUUGGUCUGAUCUAUCACGCUUCCAUCGUGGGGCAAACGGCAGCCAAGAACAAAGGAAAGAUCUCACGGAUGCUAGCAGCCAAAACCGCCUUGACCAUUCGCUACGAUGCCCUGGGAGAGAGCAGCAGCGCGGAGAUGGGGGCCGAGAACAGACUGAAAGUGGAAACGAGGCUGCGGCACCUGGAGGAGAAGGGGCUGAGACGAAUAAGUGGCACAGGAAAAGCUUUGGCCCGAGCAGACAAAUAUCAGCAUAAGAGUGAAGUGAAGACCUAUGACCCUUCUGGGGAGUCCACGCUCCCUUUGGUCCCAAAGAAGCGCAAAAUGGAAGCAGGAGAGGAGGAGGCGCCAGUAAAAGCAAAGAAAGCUAAAGCGGAAAUCCAAGAACUAGAAGAAACGGAAGAGGAGGAAGAACCGGUCAAGAAGAAGAAGAAGAAGGAGAAGAAGAAACAAAAAGAGGUUGUGGUUUCUGUGAAGGAGGAGGAGGAGGAGGAAGAAGACGAGCAGCCGACAACCAGCACAGCCGGGGAGAAUACAGAGAAGAAGAAAAAGAAGAAAAAGAAGAAAAUUAAAGAGGAACCAGAAGAUGACUACUAAAAAAGAGAAGCUGCAAUUUCCCAAGAUGGCUUUUGGCGUAUUUUGUUGUUCUCUGGGACACUUGCUGGGAGAUAUUUUCUUCUCCCAUGGCUAGGCAAAGCAGAUAAAUUCUGUCUACGUAACUCAGUACAGUCUCCCUCCUCCUCCCCUCCCUAUUUUAAUCGCAUCUCUGUGGAGCAAUUACUUUUCUAUAGCAGGUCACUUUAUAAGGAUUCUGAAUAAAAUGCUGUAUUUUGCAUAGCUUUUUGUUUCUUAUUAGCUGAACUUCUAGUCAAGUCCAUUUAAUGUUGUGGAAUGUGAUAGAGGGUACUUCAGACAUUGGGGGGAAAGCAAAGGAGGUUUAUUGCAAGAUGCUUGGGACAAAUGCUGAGCUCAAGUUCCUUUAGGGCAACCCUUGAUCACUAUUUGCCGUAAAGAUCUUGGGGCCAAAAAAGUGUCUGGUGGUGGUGAGUCAGCUUUUGCUGACAAUUUACCAGAUUGCAGUAAGCCAAGCUGCCCUCUAAACUGUUGUUCCUUCCUAACCAGACCUGGUUUUGGUACAGCACUGCUUGGGUCGCAAACAAACAGCUAUGGAACGGAAUGUAUAGCCCAGCGGCAGUCUUCUUAUGCUUUGUGCAAAUGUGCCACUGGAGACAAACCUCACUUUGAAAGGCUGACAGGUUGUUCUACAGAGUCUGCUUUUUCAUAACUGAGUGAAUAUCCAGUGCUAGGAUAACGUCCUUUGAUAGUUUCAGGUGGGUAGCCAUGUUGGUCUGCAGGAGAAGAGCAAGAUUAGAGUCCGGCGGCACCUUAAGGGACCCGCGAGGUAUCCACGGUAUGAGCUUUCAGGAAUCAAAGCUCCUGGUGUCUGAUCAAGGGAGCCUUGGAAAUUCGUGCCCCGGAAAUCUUGCUGGUUUUUAAGGUGCUCCUGGACCCAGAUCUUGCCCUUUCUUUACUUGGAGGCCACCUGCUGCAAAGCACUUAACUGUAUACAGUCCUUAGCACCAAAGCAACAUCAAAACGUACACAUCUGCUGCACUUGUCACUUCUUGGGAUGUCUGUCAUUUCAGUUGUUGGGGAGCAAAACUUGUCCCUCUGAGGCUCCCCCAGUGUCACCUGUGCACUUUCAAGCCUGUGGCCAGAGGGACUUGCAAUGAUGUUUAAAACUAAAAGGUUCUGAUUUUUACAUUUCCGUUGUGGUGGUAGUGGUUAGAGCGUCAGACUUGGGUCUGUGGGUCCAAAAACGUGGGUCCUAAUUUGCCCUUGUGAGUCAGUUUUGACCGGUGAGGAAUGCACGGUCAACUCAUUACUUGAUCAGAAUAAACUAGCAUGAUUUCUUUAAACGCCAUGAACAACUCAGCCAAUAAAGUAACAUAAAUGUUUGCUGCCUUGGUAUUUGGAUAGAAAAGCGGCAUAUAAAUGUUUAUAAUAAAUAAAGCAAUAGAAUGUACACAGUAGAAAAAUGUUAGAUUUCUAAUGCAUUUCAGGCAGAGCAGGUAAACGCCCUAGGGAGGUGGAAUAUGUCAGUACAGAAAAGGGCGUAGUAAUAAAUAAUUGCAUAGAACUGAUUUCAUGACAAUGAAAUAGGUAACAGCUGAAACCAGUUGCCUCCAGCCUCCAGCCUGUCUUGUUGGACAUUAACCAGAGUCCUCUUAAGUUCCUCCGCUUUACUUGCGAACGAUCAGCCACGGAAUGUAAUUCUACAGCAGUUUGCCUGUAGCUACCAAUUUCUUCCUUCAAGGUUCCCAGAUAAAAAGCUUAUAAAGAUAAUACAAUCAAAGGGAAGCAAAGCUAUAGAGGGGAGUGCUAGUCAGUAAAGACAGAACUAAGCAAAGCUUAAAGUUUAGAACAGUAUGUCCCGCUCUUCCAUGAAGUAUCUACUAAACUAAUUUUUCAAAACCUGCACGUUAAAAUGUUUGCAGGGAGUGCAAUUCAAUUUCUGUUAAAUUGUAAAAAAACUUACUGGUGAAGAGCUGACAUAUAUAUUUAUAAGUCAGCUUGCAUAACCUUAAUAACCGUGAUAUCUCAAAGGGUAUUUGGAAUUUUUCAUGGGAUUUCAGAAAUUUAUAUUUAUUUAUUCCAUGAUUUCCUGCAAAAGCCCGGGAUCCCAAAGACCCCUGCUCGGGAAACACUUUGAGAACUUGAGAGGGGAAAGUCUGGUUCCCGUCUGCGUUGUGCCUUCUGUACACCUUUUCAUUCCUCCGAGGCAGCCCCCUUCCCUGCUUAGAAAACACGGCAAGUUUCCCCUGCGUUUGCGGUUGCUUUCUUUUGAAGGGGAUGCACUGUGAUUUUUUCAAGAAGACCUCCUCUCCAUCUGCUUUCAUUAAAAGAACCCUGUUAAUUGUC